CUUGUAAAUGCCAUUGCUCGUAAAAUUUGGCAGUCACUCUUUCGCUCAAGAUUCAAAACAUUGAACACUUUCUAUUUUUUUUUUCACUCUCAAAAAGAGGUUGUUUCUUCUUCUUCUUGUUCUUUGUGCUCCUAUUGAGUUGAAUACCCAAAAAAGAUCGAUGACCCUUUUCUUAUUGGAAGAAAAUAGAGUAACCCUUUUCAUUUGAGCUCAAGAUUUGCUCAUCCCAAGUUCAAAUCUGGCGUUUUCUUGAGGUCAGAAUUGACUUUUCAUUUAUGGGUAUUGGCCUUUUGUUGACUUCAUUCAAGAUUUGGUUGGUGGUAUUGUGCUCUUUUGUUACAAUGUUUUGAAUCUUAAUAGACAUGGCGUUUCAUUGUUUGAGUAUAGAUCAAUACUUGGAAAAGUUUUGAAUGUUGAGCAAUUGACAGUUUAUUGUGAUUUGACUCUAUAAGAGUCAAACAGCUGGUUGAGCUUGUGCUGAAUUUGUCAUUAUUGAGGAUAUUUUCAGUGUACUUGAUGUACUAAGAUGGAGUUAUUAUCUAUUCUGGUCUUAUAAGCUUUCCCUCAUUUUAAGCUAUUAUAGUUUCAGAAAUUUUCAUUACAUUGAUAGAGUUGGAUAAGGCCUAAGGUAUUAGUUUCGUGUGUCAAAUUCAGUGGACAUCAUAUUGGUUACUUCUGGCAAGAGUCUCUUUGAAACAAUUUAAGGUUGUCUGAUUACUAUUAUGGCUUCAAUUAGAAGAACAUUGUCCCCAGUGCCUCGUCCUGGUAGUAAUAUGAAUGGAGAAGCAUGUCUUGUUGCCUCUCCUUUGUCCAAGUCAUCAUCAUGUACUCAUAGCUAUACACCAACUGGUACAUUGCUGUCUUCUCUUGGUUCAUUGGAUUAUGCGUUGUACAAGGUUCAAGCAUUUGUACUUGGUCUUUUGUCGCGAAGAUCUUCUAGGCCCUUGGAGAGGUCAAAGUUGAAGGGGCUCAUUUGGAGGAGAGCUCUUUUACAAUUCUUUUUCUGCUUUGUGCUUGGAGUAUUUAUUGGUCUUACUCCAUUUGUUUCACUAAAUUUGUCUACAAAUUUUAUAUCUAAAAAUCAAGCUUUCUCCUUUGAGGUCGAAGAAAAUGCUCGCUCAUAUGAUGUAUCUAGAAAUGUGACCUCAACCACUGAGGACUUGCCUAUCGUGGAUAAUUCCACGUCAGAGCCUAACUUAGUACAUGUUGAACUGAAAAAAGAAACUGCCAACAAUGCCUCCUUUAACCAAUCACUUGACCAAGAGUUGAUGGUGUCUCGUAAACUUUUGAUUAUUGUGACACCUACAGAAACUCGGCCAUUUCAAGCUUACUAUCUGAAUCGUCUAGCCUAUGCAUUAAAGUUGGUUCCUUCUCCUCUAUUGUGGAUAGUUGUGGAGAUGAGCUCUCAGUCUGUUGAAACUGCUGAUAUAUUGAGAAGAACUGGAGUUACGUACAGGCAUCUUGUGUGCAGCAAGAAUUUAACUGAUGUGAAAGAGAAAAAUGUGCAGCUAAGGAAUGCUGCUCUCUCUCACAUUGAAACACACCAUCUCGAUGGUAUUGUCUAUUUUGCUGAUGAGUUCAACAUAUACUCUGCUGAUAUCUUCGAGCAGAUGAGACAGAUCAGCCGAUUCGGGACAUGGAUUGUGGCAAGACUAGCUGAAAAUAAUAGGAACAUUAUCUUGCAGGGUCCAAUCUGUAACGCCUCUCAGGUUAUAGGUUGGCACACUGAAGGUAGAACAAAAAGAUUUCAGAGAUUCUAUGCAGAAAUAUCGGGAUUCGCGUUCAAUAGUACGAUACUUUGGGAUCCUAAGAGGUGGCACCGACCAUCACUAGAAUCUAUAAGGCAGUCUGAUACAGCCAGAGCUGGUUCCCAAGUGAGCACAUUUAUCGAACAAGUGGUAGAAGACGAAAGCCAAAUGGAAUGCUUACCAAUGCACUGUUCAAGAAUCAUGGUUUGGCAAUUCCACACAGAAAUAUUGUACCCAUAUCCUCAUGAGUGGCUGGUGAAGAAUUACUCAAGCACCAUUACUUCAGUUGGAUUAAAAUUUUGACAUACGGAGAGAUUCUUGAGCAUUAACAAGUGCAGGGAAAUUUAGUGAACAAUUAUGAGCAUCUACUGCCAAUAUUUAUCGGACCAACCACCGGAAUGCUAUCAGUUUCGAGCUUGUAAUGUUUAACUACAUGCUACAGCAUCUAGAGAGACGAAGGAAACCAGUUCUCUCUGCCCCUUCCUCCCUCCCCCGACCCUCUUCCCUUUUCCUGUUCUGCUGCUAUACCAGUAGAGAUAUUAAUUUGUACAGUUGCAUAGCAAGUCAUGGUAUAGUCUUCUGGCUACCAAGCGCAGAAGCAGAAAAUAUUGUGGCCAUGUUGGAAAUUAUUUACAACUGAUAGGUAAGUUUCAAGUUCCCAGCCAAUUUUAUCAACCGAUGUUUUUGUAAUGCAAGUUGAUGCUGCAAAGGAGUUUUGUUCUUGAACUGGCUGCAUUUCAGUAAGACUUGUGCAUAUUUUAAAGUGCUACUUCUCCACUCCAA